AUGCAGUGCUCAUAUUCUUCUAGCACCGAAAGAUCGAAGAUGCACCCCUUCUCCCUCUUCCUCCUUAUUUUCUUCCUUCCCCAUGAAAUCCUCUCCGGCACAACAGCCGCCGCCUUGUGUAACCGCCGGUGCGGCGGCACCACCGUCCCCUACCCCUUCGGCUUCUCCGACGGCUGCCCCAUCGCCCUGUCAUGCGACGCCAACACCUCAACGCCAACCCUCCCGUACAAAGGAGGAGGCAGCGGCACAUCGUACCACGUUGUCUCCUUCAACUCCACCAUCUCCACCGUCAUGGUCGGCCUCCCUCCGUCGUGCAACCGCAGCGUCGCCGAUGUAAGGAGGGCGCUCUCGGGCGCCAAUUACGGCGUCUCCGCGCGCACCAUGCUCUACAUCCGCGGGUGCCACGGCGCGUCGGCCUUCAGCUGCACCAUGCCCGCGGGCUUCAUUACGAGUCUGCUCGACAAGGCGCGGUGCGACGGCAGCGAUGCCUCCGUGAAGUGCGUCGCCUCCGUUGCACCGAACGCCUCCGUCGGGUUGGCGUACAGGCAGUUCCUGCGGUGGGAAAACGUAGAAAAGGCAAGCUGCGACGACGUGCUGGCAUCGGGGGUGUGUCUGGACAUAGUGGACGGGGUGCUGUCGCUCGCCAACGAGGUGGCGGAGCUGGCGUGGUGGCUCAACGGCACGUGCGCCGGCGGCGGGGAGGGUUGCGCGGCCAACGCGAUGUGCUCCGAUGUAAAUACGUCGAACGGGUCUGUGGGGCACCGGUGCACGUGCGCGGCAGGGAUGGACGGCGAUGGGUUCUUGGCUGGAGACGGAUGCUACGUCGAAGGUGCAUCCCUGCGUGGUGUCUCAAGCUCAAAGCGCCAAAAACUAAUUCUGCUGGUCAGCGUGUUUGGCGCGUUCCUGGCUUCUCUUGGCAUCUUGGCCCUCUUCCUCACACACCGGCGGAGAAGACGCAAUGCCACAACGAAGACAACCAAUCAGAUCCCGAAAAAGGCAGUGACACACUUCCACGGUGAAUUCGUAGAGGACGAGCUAGAAGAAGGAGCUAAAGGCCCCCGGCCAUUUACCUACCAUGAGCUCACCAUCGCCACCGACAACUUCUCCGACGACAGGGCGCUGGGGAGAGGAGGCUUUGGGUCUGUGUACCAAGGGUUUAUGAGCAACAUGAAACAGGAAGUGGCUGUCAAGAGGGUAUCUGAGACCUCCCGGCAGGGCUGGAAGGAGUUCGUCUCAGAGGUGCGGAUCAUUAGUCGGCUCAGGCACCGGAACCUAGUGCAGCUCAUUGGUUGGUGCCACGGCGGCGACGAGCUCCUCCUCGUCUACGAGCUGAUGCACAAUGGCAGCCUUGACACUCAUCUCCACGGACUAGACUGCAUGCUGACAUGGCCUGUUAGGUAUGACAUAUUGCUCGGUGUAGGUUCAGCGCUUCUGUACCUACACCAAGAGACGGAACACCGCGUUGUGCACAGGGACAUCAAGCCUAGCAACAUCAUGCUAGACGCCUCCUUCACAGCCAAGCUCGGUGACUUUGGGCUCGCGAGGCUCAUCAACGAUGGUCGAAGAUCGCACACGACCGGCAUAGCCGGCACGAUGGGGUACAUCGAUCCGGAGAGCAUGCUGGCCGGCAGGGCAAGCGUCGAGUCAGACGUGUAUAGCUUCGGGGUCGUCCUUCUCGAGGUUGCAUGUGGGCGGCGGCCAGCUCUGGUCCAGGAAGACGGUGAUGUCGUCCACCUGGUCCAAUGGGUGUGGGACUUGUAUGGCAGAGGAUCAAUUCUUGGCGCUGCCGACGAGCGACUUAGGGGGGAGUUUGACAACACGGAGAUGGAGCGUGUUAUGGUCAUGGGGCUCUGGUGCGCGCACCCUGACCGUGGCAUGCGACCAUCCAUCAGGCAAGUGGUGAACGUGCUGCUGUCCGAAGCGCCAUUACCAUGCCUCCCGGCGAGGAUGCCGGUGGCGACCUAUGGGCCGCCGACUAACCAUUCGAGUUCCGGAACUUUGGCGCUGAGCAGCGUCAGUGGCCGGUGA